ACUCACUCUGUUAGUAGGAAACAAACUCUUGUAGUGCUGCCGUUUUUCACGUAAACUGUUGUGUUAAAUCACUCGAAAUGGCUUCGGAACGGUACAGCUUUUCGCUGACCACCUUCAGCCCAUCGGGAAAGCUGGUGCAAAUCGAGUAUGCCCUCGCAGCGGUUGCGGCCGGAGCACCCUCCGUGGGCAUCAAGGCUGUGAACGGGGUCGUGAUCGCCACGGAAAACAAGCAAAAGUCCAUCCUGUACGACGAGCACAGUGUGCACAAGGUGGAGAUGGUCACCAACCACAUCGGCAUGAUCUACUCCGGAAUGGGACCCGACUACCGGCUGCUGGUGAAGCAGGCUCGCAAACUGGCGCAGAACUACUAUCUCACGUACCGCGAACCGAUCCCAACGUCGCAGCUAGUACAGAAAGUUGCCACCGUCAUGCAGGAGUACACGCAGUCCGGUGGCGUGCGACCGUUCGGUGUGUCUUUGCUGAUCUGCGGGUGGGAUGACGGACGCCCGUACCUGUUCCAGUGUGAUCCCUCCGGUGCGUACUUUGCGUGGAAGGCGACGGCCAUGGGCAAGAAUGCUAACAACGGGAAGACGUUCCUCGAGAAGCGCUACAGCGAAGAUCUCGAGCUGGACGAUGCCGUUCACACGGCGAUCCUCACGCUGAAGGAGGGCUUCGAAGGACAGAUGAACGCGGACAACAUCGAAGUAGGCAUUUGUGAUGCGAACGGAUUCCGCCGGCUAGACCCGUCGGAUGUGCAGGAUUACUUGGCGAAUAUUCCAUAAAUAGCAAUUGCGUGUUCUUAUCCAAUGAAGGGUUAACAGUUCUUGGUAUUUCAUUUGAAUAAAACAUUAAAUUUCACACUAACGAAAGAGGGCUUGUUUAGCUACGCCAGCGAUCGAACGAAACAUCACCUACCAUUGAACCCCUGAAC